UCUAUUUUAAAAAUGUCUCAGAGGAACCUGGAACUAGUGAUGGACUUUCUGUCCUACAAGCUUUCCCAGAAAGGAUACCGCUGGAGCCAGUUUAGCCGUAAGGAAGAGAACCGCGUUCAAGCCCCAGAAAGGGCUGAAUCAGAAGAGGGGCCCAGCAAUGCCACCAACGGCAACCCAUCCCGGCAUCAGGGGGACAGUCCCAUGGUGAGUGCAGCCGCUGGCCAUAACAGGAGUUUGGAUGCCCCAGACGUGGUCCCCAUGGUAGCAGUGAAGCAAGCGCUGAGGGAGGCAGGCGACAACUUUGAAGGGCGGUACCGGCAGGCAUUCCAUGACCUGACAGCAGAGCUCCGCCUCACCCCGGAGACAGCACAUCACACUUUUGAACAGGUAGUGGACGAACUCUUCCUGGAUGAGGUAAGCUGGGGUCGCAUUGUGGCCUUUUUCUCCUUUGGAGGAGCACUGUGCUUGGAAAGCAUAGACAAGGAGAUGAAGGUGUUGGUGUGUCAGAUCGCAAGUUGGAUGGCCACUUACCUGAAUGAUCACCUAGAUACUUGGAUCCAGGACCACGGUGGCUGGGACACUUUUGUGGAACGCCAUGUGAAUAAUGUGGCAGUGAAUAGCCGGAUGCGCCAGGAGAGUUUCAACUAUUAUUUCCUGAUGGGCAUAACUGUGGCUGGCGUGGUUCUGCUGGGCUGGCUGUUCAGUCGGAAGUGA